GCCUUUAGAUUAUUAUUUUAGAGAAUAUAAAUCACUUGGAAAACCACUAAUGAUAAUUGCUACUGUAAUAUUCUUCCCCUUCGAAUCCUCUUUCAGUUAGCCCCUCGAAGAAUGCUCUCUAUUUUCUCAAAUAAGCUUUGCUUUAGCCUCUGAUUGUAUGUUCUAAAGAGCUCUUUGGACGUGGGUUAGAAUAAUCGAAGUGGUAAUGGAGUGUGUGGUUCAAGGAAUUGUUGAGACUCAACAUGUUGAAGCCUUAGAAAUUCUGCUUCAAGGGCUUUGUGGUGUUCAUAGACAAAGCUUAAGGAUCCAUGAACUGUGCCUUAAGAGUGUUCCAAACCUAGGCUUAGUAUCAUCAGAAAUACGGCUCUUAUGUGAUCUUGAGCAGCCAGAACCCACAUGGACUGUUAGACAUGUUGGUGGUCCAAUGAGAGGUGCUGGUGCUGAACAAAUCUCAGUCUUGGUGAGACCAAUGCUUGAAAGCAAAGUAAGCAAGAACGCAUUACGCUUAUUUUAUGCACUUGGCUACAAGCUAGACCAUGAACAGUUGAGAGUAGGUUUUGCAUUUCAUUUCCAAAGAGGUGCCCAGAUAACUGUAACAGUUUCAUCCAUCAACAAGAUGUUGAAACUUCACGCAACUGAUGAGGCAGUGCCCGUGACACCGGGCAUACAGCUGGUUGAAGUGACAGCACCAGCUUCAUCUGAAAAUUACACUGACGUUGUUGCUUCUGUAUCAUCCUUCUGUGAAUAUCUUGCACCGCUCCUUCAUUUGUCAAAACCGGGUGUCUCAACAGGGGUUGUUCCUACUGCAGCUGCAGCUGCUGCAUCUCUCAUGUCGGAUGGUGGAGGAACGAAAAUGUAGUAUUACUCUGGAGCCAUUUUUUUAAAAACAUUUUGUUGCAUUCUCAUAGCUGGAGAAAAGACGUAUUUGACUGUGCACCUUCUGAAAAAUUUCACUGUUUGCUCUUCCGUAGUUGUCGUUAAAAAGCUGAUCGUCGAUACACAGCAGUGCUUAUGCAUAGAAUGGAGUUAUAAUAUCAACCAGCUUAGUUAAAUUAAAAGGGCUCCCCUUGGUGAAAUAGGUCCACUAUGGAGAUUUUAUAGUACCUUUUUUGUAUUUAAAUUGUGAAAAGCAAAGUUUGUUAUCUGAAUGCGUGCUGAAUGGCUGGUGCUGGAGGACUCUUGUUCUCUUUGAUCUAUAAGCUCCUUAUUGAUUGUCUUGGA